ACCGACUUUCGCUGGAUUAAACGGUGGGCGGCACUCGGUGACAGCUUCAGCGCCGGGAUUGGGGCAGGGAAUCUGUAUACCUCUGCUCGCGGUGAUGACUGGAAAUGCUCUCGAUACGAUCGGUCUUAUCCUGCCCGGCUGGAGAAGGUUUUGGGAACUGGACCGAACUUCUUUCAAUACCUUGCUUGCUCCGGAGAUCGUACCGAGCAGAUCUAUAGUCAGGCCCUGAACAUGGAAGCCGAUAUGGACUUUGUUGUCCUGACCGGUGGAGGGAACGAUCUGUGUUUGUCGGACAUUGUCAAGACCUGCGUGUUGCUUCCCUUGAAGUCCGAGGCGAAAUGCGACGAAGCCCUCAGGAUAGCCGAGGACAAUCUGCACUUUAUGCUCAAGCGCAACGUCCGGGAGGUGCUCGAGGCACUGGAUAGCAAAAUGCACAAGAACGGCCUCGUUCUUUACGUUCUUUACGCGCAGUUUUUCAACGCCGACAUCGAGAAAUGCGGACUGGACCAGGACUGGAACCUGCUCCCGUUUGGCAACUCAUUGCCCUUGACUCGCGAACGCCGCGAGAAGUUCAACAGCCUGGUGGAGAGAACCAACGGGGUACUGCGCGAGGCCAUCAAGGAGGUUCAACGAGGCAAGAAGAUCAGAUACCGCGUUCGUGCCGUCGACUGGAAUGACUGGGCCCGCCACGGCGUCCGCGGCCAGUACUGCUAUCCCGGCACCAAAGGCACGUAUCCCGAUCCUGGCCAGCCUGACCUGCAGUUCUUCAAAGGGAACACGUAUCGCUUGCCGAAGAAAGAUGGGCACGACGAGCUCCGGCGCGUGAAGCGGCAGGCACCGAUCGAGGAGCCAUCUUUCCACGACACGCUGGCCUACAAAUCGGCGAAUCCCGCGGCUCAGGCAAUGAACCACCUCGACUCGCGUGCGCCCCUUCCUCCCGGCUGCCCAUCAGAUGGUGGCGGUUUUCUGGAAUGGUUGGGGUUGGACUUUGGGGUACCGGAUAAUAUUGGCAAGUUCUUCCAUCCGAACGAGCUUGGCCACACCACCAUUGCUUCGUUCGUGCUGCAGGAGAUGUACAACGCGCGCGCCGAAGACCUCGGAACCUUCAAUCCGACCUGCGAGAACUUCGACCGGUUCGAAUGCCACAAGCAAGGCGACAAGCUGUUCGAGUACUACGCCGACGUCGAUCAAGCCGUUAGUGCCAUGAAGAAAUUCUGCGAAAAUCCGUCGACGGCCGAUGAAAUCGGGGAGCCCGUGCGCAACAAGCAUUUCAAGAAUGUCUACUAUGAGUUCACCCCGGACCAGAUGAUGUUCGAGAUCGGCAUAGUGCGUGCAAAGGAGGAAUCCUUCCACGACCGCGACCAGUGCCUCGAUUCUUUCAGUCGCAUCAUCCACGGCUGCGACGGCCUCGACCCCGAGAAUCCCCUGAAUUUCAAAUACGGCGGGAGCUGGAUUCGCGGGAACUACAUCUACAAGCUCACCAUGGGGGGGAAGGAUAUCAAGCGAAACGAGGUGGUCCCGAAGAAGGUCUCGGGCUCGUGCACCUACAAGAAGACCUCCAAGGGGCUCGAGUACGAAGUCAAAGGCUCGGCCUUUGCCAAUUGGGACUUUGGCCAUCACACGAUCAUGCAGGAAGUUUCCAACUGUGCUGGGGGAACGCAGAAUAUCUCGCAUUGGGCGUGGACUUACUGGCCCUAUCCCGUUGAUGGCUAUGACUGGCGGGUUCGGUAUAUAGUCCCG